UUCGGGUUAGUAUUUGCAUAUUUUUCAAAAAUUUAUUCUCUUACAAUAUUCAAUAAAGCAAGCAGGUAUUUCCAAGAGGAAAUCCCAAAAAAUAAAUCUUAAAGAUAUUCCCAGAAAAUGAAAUAAAAAUGAUUCUCAGAACUUUGUCAACUCUCAAGAAGAUCAGAAGUGAACAAGAUAUUUUCUAGUAAAUUUUAAUUAUUUUCGAAAAAAAUGGAAGCUACAAAAGAAAUAAAACUAGUGAAUCAAAAAGAACUGAAAAACAUUUUCUUUGAAAUUAAAUGGCCCACAGUGAUUCAAACUGCAUCAAUUUACGUAUUUGGUGUCAUUGGUGUCAUUGGACUGUUAACAGGACAUUGGAAGUUUUUGACAUUUUUGUGGGCAUUACUAAUCUUCAUUGUAUGCGGAUUCUCAAUGAAUAUUGGAAGUCACAGACUAUUGGGACACAGAUCAUUUAAGACAAAUCGAGUACUGAAAUUAAUUUUGAUUUUUGGUCACACACUUUCUGGACAGUGGAGCAUAAUCAACUGGGUAAGAAGUCACAGAGCUCAUCACAAAUACACAGACACUGCUAAGGAUCCAACGAAUAUUAAGAAAGGAUUUUGGUUUUCACAUAUUUACUGGAUGUUUUGGUAUUCACCAGCUGUUGAAAAAGCUAUCUUGUCAAUUGAUGUUAGUGAUUUGAAAGCAGAUAAAGAUCUGAUGUUCCAAUAUGACUACUUCCUCCUUAUUCACUUCUUCAGCGUAGCAAUAUUUCCAGUCAUUGUGCCAGUUUUCCUUUGGAAUGAAGCAUUAUGGAUUGCAUGUUUGGCUAAUUUCACUAGAUUAUUAGCUAACUUGACACAACUUAGUGUUUUUAAUAGUGUCAUGCAUUCCCAUGGUCCGAAACCUUAUGAUGAGAAAACGUCAGCUGUUGACAAUAUUUUUGCAAUUAUCUUCACAUUUGGUGAAGGCUUUCACAACUUCCAUCACACAUUUCCUUCCGACUAUAAAUGUGCUGAAUUUGGUGACUUAAAGCACUUUAACUUAUCAGCAUGUAUCAUCGAUUGGUGGUACAGACGAGGAUGGGUUACAGACAGAAAUGAAGCAACAAAAUCGAUGAUUGCACAGACGAAAAUAAAGAGCGGAGACGGAACUCAUUGGUUUGAGUCUGAAAAUAUACUCAGCAAUCCACAAUGGGGACAUAAAGAUGAACAAAAAAUUGAGGAAUUUUUUAAGGAUUUUGAGUUUUGAGAUAUUUUAACGACCUCAAAUAAAUGAUUU